CCACACUGUCACGAGGGCGCUACCCUGCAGAGGAGCUCAAGUGUAAGAGAGAGAAAGAGCCAGACGAAAGAGAAGACUGCACUUGCCUCCCUCGCUGCCCUGCCUUCUCUGUAAACGCUGUAGUCAUGGCCAAAAACCUGCUGAAGAACCCCAGUGGGGAAGAGCUUUUUGAAUUCUGGGAGCUGACAGAGAAUGGUGGGAGUCAGUGGAAGGUGGAGGAAAUGCCGGGAGACUGUGGCUUCGACUUCUGCCUCGACGGAGUGACCAAAUACUUUGCGACCUCCUUUGAGUUGUGUCUGAAGAGACAGGUGAUCGACUUGUUAGCGGAGGAUUACUCUAGUGAACAGCUGGACGCUCAGCCUCCCGUCACAGUGGACGACUGGUACUGCGGGAGGUCGGAUUGUGGCUGCACCUACCAGAUGACCGUGACACUGCUGGACGAGAACCAGGAGAUUAUGCAGGAGUUCAAACCUGAGCCAGUGACUCUUGACCCCGACAGUGACGACUGCUCAUGGAAGCAGGUCAGCCACACAUUUGCUGACUAUGGCCCUGGAAUGCGUUUCAUCACCUUUGAACAUGGAGGACAGGACACCAAGUUCUGGGACGGUUGGUUUGGAGUUCGGGUCACUGGGAGCUCCGUGACUGUGGAGAUCUGAAGGAGAGGAAAAAGAGAGAAAGGAGAAGGAAACCAAGUAGUUUUAACACUGAAAGGUAAAGGAGGAAGGCGGGGACAGAGAACUGGAGUCAUGUACGGACUGCAGGGUGGAGUGGAGGUUUCAAGGUUUCAAGAGGACCGGCUUUGCCUCGUACGCAUAGCUUAGUAAUGCUGUUCAUGCUGUGGAAACAUACUGCUGCUAUGAAGACUGUACUUACAACUAACUUGUGAAACACUAUCAUGGUGGCACAGCGGCUUUACUAACUUUAAAAUAUUAAAAUGAGUGCUUGCAACACAGACAUUAAUAUGAUCUGUUAACUGCUACCUCUGCACAGUGACUUACCCUGCUGUUAAACUCAAGGACGUGUUUAGUGGGUGGAGUUGUUGAGAGAGGUUUGACAUUCAAGUUUGAAUUAAAUGAUAAAAUAAAUGGUUAACACAUAAUUUCCUGUUUUG